ACAUUAAAUUAAUAUUAUCAUAUAUUUUAUGAAUGUCAUUUUUAUAUUUUUCAGGAACAAUUCUAAUCCGACUAUUGAUAAACAAUAUGACAAAGUAACAUUUGGUAAGAGAUAUACUAAAUCUAAAAUAUAAAUUAGUUAUUCUUUAUUUUAAAAUCAAAAUUUUUUAAUUUAUAUAGAUUACAUCAAUGAAAUGAUUUUGCUAGAAGAUUCAGACUUAUAUGCAGUUAUUAGCUAUUUAAAGAUUAAGCCUUCUUCUCUAUCAAAGAUAACCACAAUUUUUGUUCAAGAAAUAAUAAAGGAAAAAUUUUUAUGGCUUAUAAAAAAACAUUUAGACUUUGCCCGUUGUAUGAAUUUAUCCAUUUCUGUAUUUCAAACAAGUCAAGAAUUAAACUCGGCUUAUAAGCCUGAAGUUUUACAUAUGGUGUCUAUAUGGUCAGAACAUAUUAUAGUUGCAAAAAAUUUGGCACUGUCCUUAAAUGUAAUAAAAUUUAAAUGAUGUAAAACAAUUAUUAGAAUUAUCUAUAGCUUUAUUGAAAUAAUUUCUGCUUUAUAGAGAGAUAUUGUAUUCAUAAAUUCAAACAUGGAAUUCUGUAGUGGUAGCUACUUUCUUUUCAAAUACCAACAGUGUUAUGACAUAUUUACUGAAUAUUACAAUGUAUGCCCAGAAGAUUAUACGUAUACAGAUAAAAAUAAAAAGAAGGUACUUGAAAUAUACAAUCUUUUUUAUGAUGGCAAAUGGCAAAUUCCCUUAAAAGCAACAUAUUGGACGAUGUGGAAUGAAAUUAAACGUGGAAAUAUUAUGUAUGCAAACGCAACCAAGUCCGAUAUAACAAAGUGUGCACUAUCGGCUAAGAACGGAUUCACAACUUGGAGUACUUGGUCUAUGGCUUCUAGGAUAGAAACAUUGUAUAAACUCGCAUCUAUAUUAGAAUGCCAGAAGUUCGUUAAUUUUUUAAGCAUUUUUUUCUAUACAUCUUCAACUUUCUUUCUAUUAUUCAAUUUUGUGUCUUAAUAAUUCUUUAACAAAUGUGUUCUCUUUUUCAGUAAAUAUUCAAUAGCAGAAAUAAUAUUACAAUGUAUAAAAUUGCCAAAAGUAUCAGAAAAUGCAUUAGUUUGUUAUCAAGAUGAAAGAUUAGAAGUGAGCAACAUGAGUAAAUCAAGAGGUAUUAUCUGGCUACAAGAAUAUAUCUCUCAUGAAUCGCGUUUGUUUUAUAAUCUGAUAACAGCUUUAAUUAAAGGCAAUUCUGUUAUUGUGUUAAGUAAUGAAGAAUCGUGUACUAUAGCAUCUUACUGUAACAUGUUUACAAUAGCUGGAAUACCUCCUGGUGUUAUAAAUUGGUUAUCCAGUAAAGAUACAUUUACUAUUGAUAUUUACCGAAAAAUACUAUUACAAUUAAGUUUGAUAAGUUCUUCAAUGAAAUAUAUUAUACACCCUCUUAAAUAA